AUGGGAGUUCAGGGCGGCGUCCUGCGCGCCGGCAAGAAGAUCGUCACGCGCGAAGGACGCAUGGAGCUCGUGCCGCCGCGCGCGCUCGAGACGAGCGAGAUCCCGGGCAUCCUGCACGCCGCCAACGGCUACUUGCUGGAGCAGUUCCUGCACGACGGCAUCAACGACCGCGCCGACCAGUACGGCGGCAGCGUCGAGAACCGCGCGCGCUUCCUGUUCGAGGCACUGGAGGCCAUCCUCGAGAGUCUGGACUCGUCCAAGGUGGGCAUCCGACUGUCCCCGUUCGGCGGCAGCUUCGGCGACAAGGACUCGGACCCCGUCGCCACCUACACGUACGUGCUGAACAGGCUCAACAACUACGACCUGGCCUACGCGCACCUGAUCGAGCCGCGUGGCUACCACGUGCGUGACCCGCUGGCACCCGAGAAGGGCUCGGCGCGGCAGUUCCGCGAGACGUACAAGGGCAUCGUGGAGGAGGGCGCGGCCGACGCCGUGGCCAUCGGCCGCCACUUCAUCUCGAACCCGGACCUGGUGCGGCGCUUCCAACUCAACAAGCCCGUGAACGACUACGACACGGACACGUUCUACCUCGGCGACGCGCGCGGGUACACGGACUAUAAUACCCGUUCCUGCAGGACGAGUAGGUAG